AUUGCAGCUCUAGUAAAAAUAGGAGUUUUAAGGAAGUUGUAAUAUUGUACAAUUUCCGUUUUUAGAACGAAAGAAAAUUAAAAGAAAAGAGAAAAUACAGACAGAGGGCUGGGUCCCUGCAGAUGCAGACACGGCUACAUACUUAUGAUGGGUAAUACCAUAGACAUAUGUCUAUGGGUGAUACAAGAUGGGUGAGAGGGAUUACUUUAUUUUCUAUGUAGAAAAUCCUGCCCAGUACAGCUUCAAAUGAAGAAUCUGAAUACCUUUCUCAUCCUUUGUCAUUUGUUUGAUUUAUACUGCAGAAAUUGCCUAAACUUAACUUAUUUUUUUGGUGUGUGUAAAGUAUCAUUUAACGCAUUUUAUCCUAUUUCUUUUAUCCAUAAAAUAAUUUAGUUAGUUAGUUGAACGCUUAUUUAUACAGUAUAUGGUUGAACGCUGAGAGGUGCUGUCGGAAAACUAUCAGGCGUCGCUAAGGACACCUAAAACACAGGGUCCUCAGUUAAAGGACCCCGCGGAGAAGUAAACAAAAAAAUAUAUGUUAGCAUUAAUUAACAUACAAUCGUUGAUUUGAGUCGAAUUGGCUUAGCACCGGCGUGAAAUUUAUCACGGCGCGAUGGCAGAGGACAACGAACUGGAGAGGCGGGCAGUGGAGGAGCUCCUGAAGGAGACUGACAGGGCUCGAGUGAGAGCAGAGACCAUGGGCCCUGCAGGAUGGUUGAAGUGUCCACUGCGGAGCACCAACAAGCGCUUCCUCCUCAACACCUUGCGCUCCACAGGCCUGCAGCGGCACACCGGUGAGUCCAGAGACAAACACUCCACCUCGAGAGGGCGCCUGAGGAGCGAGUCCCCGGACAGAAGCCGCGACCGCAGCAGAACACCUCCCAGAGAUCACAGAAGUAAUCGAGGCCACACAGACCAUAAACAUCAUCACAGGGACAGCUGCAAUAACAAAGAUAAGAAGCAGGAUAGAGACAAAGAGAGGAGGUACAGGCACAAAGACAACAGAGACCGGAGACAUGGGAGGGAUGAUCAGAACAGAGACAAAGACAGACUUCAUGAAUAAAAACUUCUGUCCAGAGGAGGAACACUGAUUUUACAGUGGCCACUCCCCGUCCAGGCAGCAAGGAGGUGGACGUUCCUGAAAGUACUUUCUUACAAUUUAACACACCUCACAGGACUGCUAUAGCAGACUGAAAGACUUGUCCUAUUCACCUGCCUGAGAACACAAUAAUUUACGUUUUGCUGAUGAAGAAAGGUGUCUUACAUGUUAGUUUACUAACAGUUCUAUUUUACAUUUACAACCAUUUUUGUAGUUGUUGAGCUUUAUUUGUUCCCUUAAAUUGUUCAUAUUACCGGUAGCUAUUGUAAAAUCACUUUGAUAUUUUCGGAUUUUCCACUUGCACUGGAGUGAAUAAAUUAUCAAGUGGCUGUUAGAGUCCAGGAAAUCUUCAGCAUAUUUUCGUGUCCUCCCCUCUUAUGACUCAGUUAUGUGUCAUUCUUUUUCACCUACAGCAAAGGAGGUUUGAUUUCAAUUAUAAUGUCAUUACCAAUCUCCUGUCAUUAUUCACUGCUCAUAAUGUUUACAUAAGCCAUGCUGUUGUCGCCACUGGGUAAGCACAGUUUAUCGCGUGUCUAACUUUUUGGACAUGUAUAAUCUGGCUAUCAGAAACGGUUUUAUUUGUCAAAGGAGAAAAAAAAUGUUUUCCUGACACUCCUACAUGUGUCCUCAUGAACAAGUAGUUUCCAGGGACGGAUCAGUCGUAAUUUAUUGUGGCUGUAAUAGCACCAAUAAUUUAACUAUAAUAAAAGAAACAAAAAAACAAUUUUAGUAAUUAUAAUGGUGAUGAUAAUCUGCUGAUUAAUAAGGUUGUAAUAAUACAGAUAACAUUUAAAUUAUGAUACUUAUAAUAAUGAUUAUAUAAAUAAUAAGAAUAAUACUUAUGGUGAUGAUGAUGAUAAUCCAUGAUUAAUAAGGUUGUAAUAAAACCAAUAA